ACCAAGCUCAUUUCUCUGCACAUCAUCUCCUACUCGCACCUCCCCCUGCCUCCUUCCAAAUGCCUUCACCGCUCGCGGGUAACCAGUGAUAAAAAAACCCACUAAUCCCGCGUCACACCCCAUUACUAUUUCUUGGCGUACAUAAUGUGAUCCUCUCCAAGCUUUAGAUCUCUGUUCCCUUUUCCCGUUCUCCCUUCCUUUUUCUUUUAACCCGCCACCUCCUCUCUUUCUCUCUCUCUCCCCGCUUUUUCACGAGCAGUGGCUGAAAGAAGAAAAGAGAGAAGAAAAAGUUAGGGUUCCAUCAGAUUACGGUGGAUUAUUUUAGGGUUUUAUUUCCAGGGCUUCCGAGGAGGAAGAGGAUCGGAUUUUGUUGUCGGUGUCCAGCCGAGGCCUUUUCCCCAGAUCGCUUCCUCGUUCCUUGCCGCAUCCUUCGGCUCGGAUUUGGUAUUCUGGGGUUUUGAAGGAGGAUUUGGGCUGUUGUUUUGUAGAGGAAAGAUGUGGUCUUGUUCUUGGGAUUUUGGUGAGCUUUCUGCGAACUGCUGUAACUAAUUGGCAUAACUCAGGAAGGAGUUAUUCUUGUUGAAAAGAAGGAAAGAUCUGCUUCUAUCCUUUCGGGAAAAGCUGGUUUUUUGAUAAAUUUUGUAUUUUUCUGGUGGAGUUGAUUGCGUGUGGUGGAAAAAUGGAUUUUUUUGGGAUCCUUCUACGUUCCCAUUCAGUUGUGACGUUGUUUGAUGCCGGUGUUUUGUAGUUGAAGGCGUCGGAAGCAUCAAAAACUUUGUUUCGAAAUAGUUCACGGGAGUAUGAUUGUGUGAGGUAUUUGAGAAUUCUCGUGAUGGUAAUAUAGGGAUUUCUAAUGGGGGAUAUAGGGCUGUUUAAGCAAGGAUGGAGAUGGUUUCAGUGUCAGAAGCAGGCUUUUGGGGGCACCCAGGUUGCAGCGAGCUGCACCAGGGACAAGCUUGUGUUUCUGAUCGACCGUCACUGGCCGAUGGUUUACAGCUGGUCCGUAAACGUGGGGAAGUUCCUUUUGAUGCUGCUGGUCUAUUGGAAAGAUAGUGUCGUCAGAGGCUUUUGGUCGUUGUUCAGUUUGGGUUCGGCAGCGCUAUUUGUCAUAAUGUGGAGCUGUUUUCUUAGCUUGUCUUCGACAUCUUGUGUUGUUUAUGUCCUUCUAAGUCUGCCAAUUUCAGCAAAGAUAGGGGAUAUAUGGUCCCAAAUGCUACCACCUUUUCUUCAAUUCCCAAAUCCCAUAGCCUUCCUUCCCCUAGCUCUUCACCUAAAGGGAGCUGCUGGGGCAGCUAUUCGCUGUUUAGGCCAUACCCCUGGACUUUUUAUUGUUGGACUGUUUGGAAUUUUGUUUAUGUGGAUAUAUGGCAACUUUUGGAUUACAGGACUUCUAUUUAUAGCUGGAGGCUAUAUGUUUUCCCUGAAUCAUGCACGCUUUCUGAUACUCAUGUCAACUGCAUAUGCUGUUUAUUGUGUCAAUGCUCGUGUUGGCUGGGUUGGAGUUUUUCUGUCACUAAGUCUUUCUUUCCUUUCAAAUGACCUCUUGAAUAAGUUGCUUCAAGGAUAUGAUGAUACCAAUGAAGGCUCACGCUUCGAAGAGCAGAAGAGUUCAGAAUCUGUUGUGGAAGACUUCACUGCUGAUGCUGAAUAUGCUCCUCCAACUAAUGAAGCUGAAAAUGUAGCAUCCGUUAAAUCAUCAUAUACAACAUCCAGUGUGCCUACAGUUUUAAAUACUCAGAAAGAAGCUUCUACUAGCAAGGUCAUCAAAGCUGAUUCAAUGUCAUUGGAUGAGAUGAAAAGAAUAAUGAAUAGCGCAAACCAUUAUGAAGCUCUAGGCUUUCCUCGGAACAAGAGUGUCGAUCCUAAAAUAUUGAAGAAGGAAUACCACAAGAAGGUCUUGCUUGUCCAUCCCGAUAAAAAUAUGGGAAACUCGUUAGCUUGUGAAUCAUUCAAAAAGCUUCAAUGCGCGUAUGAGGUUCUUUCAGACUUGACAAAGAAGAAAAGUUAUGAUGAAGAAUUGAGGAAGGAAGAAUCUGGGAGAGUGGGUCAGAAAUCUCGUGGUGCCUCUCAACAGGAUGGGGUAGAAUAUCGCUCUGAAGAAUCCAGGCGUAUAGAGUGCACCAAGUGCGGCAAUUUUCAUAUAUGGAUAUGCACCAAAAGAAGUAAAGCCAGGGCAAGAUGGUGCCAGGAUUGCUCCCAGUACCAUCAAGCUAAAGAUGGAGAUGGAUGGGUAGAAAUUGGGUGCUCUUCACUCUCUUCAACACCUAAGAAGGUGGAAAUACCACGAGCUUUCGUAUGUGCCGAGAGCAAAAUAUUUGAUGUGUCUGAGUGGGCCAUUUGUCAGGGAAUGAUAUGCAAGCCUAAUACUCACCGACCAAGCUUUCAUGUAAAUAUGGUUGGUUUGGAUAAGCCAGGGCAGAGAUCAAACUCCUCCAGAUAUAAAUGGGGUUUGGAUGCUGAGAUGAUUGCAGAGGAUGAUGAAUUUGAGCUAUGGCUUCAGCAGGCCUUGGCAUCUGGUGUCUUUUCUGAGACUCCCAAACGUAGAAAAAGCUGGAGCCCGUUCAAGAUACAUCAGAAAGGUUUGAAACAAUGGCGGAGAUCUCCAUGAAUGCAAAUUAAGACUUAAAAAACUGGGUCAUAUCUUCAUUGGAGAAGAUAUAUAUCUGACCUUAAAAGAAAUGAAGAAAAACUUGACACCAAAAGGAACCAUGUGCCUGUAAAUAGAUCAAAGCAUCACUUCCGGACGUGUAGCUCUGUUCAUUUGGGAGGGGGGAAAGGAAAAAUAGGUGCUAGCAGUCUAACAGCUCUGAGAUCAUGAGCUUUUAUUCAGAGGAGCCAUUUUAUGCCCUCAUCAUAGAGUAGUGAAGGAAUAGUGAUGACUGGUGCUUUUAUGUAUCCAUUCCAACAUUUUUAUGUUUCGCACUGCAUUCCGGCUUCUGCUUUAAUAGUUCUGAUCUCUCGUGUCUUUUGAGGACUGGAAACGUGGGAAUGGCUCUCUGAUGGAUCAGAAGAAAGGCAUGGGAAAGAUGCAUGGUUCGAAGAUGGACAUGCAGAAUAUGAUUUAUAGGGUGCAUGAAGUCUAUUUCCUCCUUUUUAGGUGAAAUAAGGAAAAAAAAAUCUAAAAAAGGGACAACGUGUACAUAGAUCAGAGGCAUGUUGUGGAGAUAAAAGUGUUUUCUAAAGAUGUUGUACACUAGAUGACCUGGUGAGCACAAUGUAAAUUUCAAGUCUGCCAGUGAAGGGCCUCUUGCAAGCUAGCAAAGAACUACUAGUGAUUGAAGAUCCAGGUUUUUCUCCUCACCUGUUCAUAUUUUCUUAGAAUUUGCAUUAUGACAUCUCUUUCUAAACAAUGAUCUUUGUAUGUUUAACAUUGCAAGAACGAAGAAUAAUUAUUUUCUAUAUGAGGCGAAGCUUCUUUGCAUUUUU